ACGAAAAUGUCGACUGCUCCUUCCAAUUACUACUUUUUUGCUGCCACGAUCUUAAUAUCAGUUUUCACUCUAGGCGUGAACGCAAUCACCAUUAUCGCAGCGGCUACGAAAAAGUCGCUCGACAAACCAUCAUACAAAUUCAUCCUCGGACUCGCUGUUUCAGACGGAAUGAUGAUCAUUGCGUUCGACCGUUGUAUGUCUAUCAGGAAACCUGUGCUGCAUCAGACCUUUCUCACUAAAAGGUUGGCAAAUGGUGUUGUGUGCGGUGUGUUCGUAUUUGCAGCUGUCGUGAGCUCAAUGCCAAUAUACUGGAACAACUACCCGAACGAAAGGAUUCUCAAGUCAUGCACACUUUUGAUCUUCACAUGGUCAUACUACGUUUACGUCAUCGUUCCCUCGUUUUUAACAAACCUUAUCUGCUUGGUUUUGAUCUACAUCCAGGUGUACAGGAUCGCUGCCAAGAGACUGUCAAAAAACGCUAAGUCCGCAAAUUCUUUGAAAAUGGUGGCCGUGAUUCUGACGUGCCAUGCUGUUUGCUGGUUUCCGCACAUGGUGUGCAAAUUCUUCUUGAUAACAUUCGCUCUCCCGAAAGAUAAUCAAGAAAAGCACGAGGAGUACAAAAACCCCGAACUCUACUCAAUUUACCUUUGGUUUGUACUGCUGGCCUUAUCAAGUUCCUUCCUGAAUACUUUAUUGUACUCUUGGCGAAUGCCCGAUUUUCGUAAAGCUGUUCAAGAGAUAAUUUACCGCAAGAAACCAUUCUCUGUGACAAAGGGAGAUACCUCGACGAAUCUCUAUUCAUUAUAAUAUGUUUCACUUCUGUAUAAAAGUACAUUGUGGCUUUUUAGCGUUAUUUAGUUUGAAAUGUAUCAAUAAAAAUACCUCUU